CGGCGGCGGCGGGAGGGUUGAGGCUCUGGGCGCGCCCCCGGCGCCGCCAUUUUGUGCCGCCGCCCGCAGCAGGAUGGAGUCGAGACGCCGAGACGAGCCGCCCGCCUCCCCCCUCUGCCCCGCAGCCCCUCGACGGAGCGCCGCUCCGCAAGACCGACCGCACCGCUGGGAACGCUGAAGAGCCUCCUUGUGCCCGCCGCCGCCGCUCAUGGAGCCGAGCGGUCGGGAACGCGUCGGCCCCGGCUUGGGGCGGGCCCGGUUGGGUUUCGCCGCGGCCUGGCCUAAACUGGCCGGGCCCAGCGCGGCCCCCGCCGGCGCCUCGCCUCAGGCGAGCCCUCCCUUCUCGUGGCUGCGGCUGAUGUCGCAGCUCCUCUCCCCGCUGCCCGCUUUGCUGCAGCGGCUGCUGCCCGGCCCCGCGCUGAGCAGUGCCCUCUGCCCCGCCGCCGGGCCCGCCAAGGGCCCUCAGCCGCCGCUGCUGCUGUCGGAGCCGGCCGCCUCGCAGGACUGGGCCGAUGAGCCUCUGCCGUGGCCGGAGGAGCCGCUGGAGAAGGGGCGAGAGAACGGCACGGAGCCCCCGCCGGAUAUUUGGAGAACCGGGCUGGCGCGGAGCAACCUGGUGUCUUUGCCCGUCCCGCGUGUGCACUUGUACGUGGUGGGCCAGGAGCAGGGCCAGGCUUGCUGCGCCGGCAAGAGCCAUCUGCCCCAGCCCCUGCGAGCCGAGGUCCCCGCCGAGGCCUGGCGAGGCUGCCCUGCCCGGGGCGGCUUGCCGGAGGUUGAGUUCCUCCGCAGCAAGCGCUUGGCUUUUCUCCAGCGGUGGCGUUUGGCGAGCGGUGGCCUGACCGUGCCGGACCUGGACCACGGCUAUCACAGCCUGGAGGAGGAGCAGCAACAGCACAAGGGCGUUUGGCAAGAGGAGGUAGGGGGACGGCGGGAGCAGCGGUGCGAUGCCGGGGAGUUGAAGAGGCUGGAGGAGCCCGACGACGCCGGGAAACAACACGGAGGUGGUCCCUUGGAGCAGGAGGGGAUAAGGGGUUCAGCUGAGAAGGGGCCACUUGAGAGGGAAGCCUUGUCUGAAGAGGAUGAUGAGGACUCCGAAAUAGAGCAAAACCUUACCGUUUCGGUCAGACCUGCCUGUGCAAAUAAACUAAUAGACUAUAUCAUAGGGGGAGUUUCCAGCGGGGAGGAGAGUGCAGAUGAUGAGGAUGACUGGGAUGAUGAUGAUGACGGCUUUGAUAGCGAAGGGCUUCCCUCUGAUUCAGAUGCCGGUAGCCAGGAUGGGGAAAGGCUUCAUCUCUGGAAUUCCUUCUACAGUUUGGAUCCCUACAACCCUCAGAACUUCACAGCCACCAUUCAGACAUCUUCCAGCGAUCCGGGAAAGGAUAUGUCGGACAUGGAAGAGGAGGAGGAGGAAGAUGAUUCUUCAUGGGCAGACGAGUCUUCAGGUUCUUCUCACCCUAGUUCUGAAGAGGAGGACGAAUGGGACUGUAGCAGUGUGGAUGAGGCAGAAAACUUGAAACUUUGGAACUCGUUCUGUACCUCAGAUGAUCCGUAUAAUCCUUUAAAUUUCAAGGCAGCCUUUCAAACAGCAGAGAAAAAAGGGACGCCUGGUUUAAAAGGAGCAGAGAGGCCGAGUGUGGUCACUUCUGAGCAUAGUCACUUAACUGUCUGUCGGUUGGAAACUGUGCAGUUGGAAAAACAUAACUGUGGGGUCACUGACUUUGUGCAGCAUGGCAUUCUUUCUGGUGAGAAAUGUAGAAGUACCAAGCGGAAAAAGGUAACCUUCCUUGAAAAAGUUACUGAGUAUUACAUAAGCAGUGAGGAGGAUCGUAAAGGACCCUGGGAAGAGCUUGCACGAGAUGGAUGCAGGUUCCAGAAACGUAUCCAGGAAACAGAAGAAGCCAUAGGAUACUGCUUCACAACAGAGCAUAGACAGAGAGUAUUUAAUAAACUCCAAGAAACCUACUACAAGAGGAUUGAUCUCUUCUAGCACCUUAAAAGAUCUGGUAGUUGUGUGACUCGAUAAGCGCUCAUGAACAUCUUCAAAACAAGUGGCAGCUGCAUGUGCUAUUUUGAAAUGGGGAGAGAAGUGGGAUUUCAACACUGCUUUCCCAGCUCGAUGUUCAGCCAGCGAAUAUAUCUGUGUGUCCCAUUUUGAUACCCAGACAAAAUCUUUUGAAUAACAUCAAGGGUAAGGGUGGUAUAAUUGCAUUCCUUUUAAGUAACACUUGAGAAACAGACUGCUUUAGGUUAAAUCCAUUCCAAAAAUGCCUUGUCUGCCGUAUGUUGAGAAGUGGUGACUAUUAAGUUGGAUUUUUGCACUUUGAAAAAGCAAAACCUAUUUUGAAGGAAAUAUUUAUGGGGCUCAGAACCUAGUUAUUGCAGUUUUGAUUUAAAGUUUCUAGAGGUGUGUGCUAUUUUCUUGUGGUUCUCCAUUUUCUCUAACUUGUACAAAAGUCUCUAAUUUCGUUAGCUAAUAACAUUAACUUUAUUAUGCAAAACAGGUAGUUUAUUCUUUUUAAGAUCCCAGGUUUGCAUGGAAUCUAGUAUUUGUGUGUUUAUGUAAUGCGUUGAUGUUGUAAUAUUUAAGUCUAGCACACUGGGGGAUUCAGGGGAACUCUGGUGCACUACAAGCCCUUUGGUCUGUCUUUAUUUAAAUAAUACCUUUACCCAGUACUGUUCCAAAGGGUGUUGGCUGCUUGUGCACCAAACCUCUCUGCUUUCAGGGCAAUGAAAGGCCUCAUCCCGAUCGAUAAAGCUUCAAGGUAUGUAUCAAGGCUCUGGCCGAUAGUUUGAAUUUAGGUAGCCACGCACAGGGAACUAGCCCCUAGGGUUGUGUUUUUUUUUUUUUUUUUUUUAGUUAAUCUUAGAGUAACUUUGCCGUAAUUGAUUCUGUUUUCUGAAGAUGGAUUGAAGUGGAGGAUUCUUCCUGUUUCUUGUAUCCAAUAUGCUCGUUUGGUACUUGUAAGGAGAAUUAUCUUUGACUUACAGAAAUGUAAGGCUACAAAUCGCUACAUUCUUUACCAAAAGCCAGUAUUAAUACCUCUAUGCGUCUGCACUUUUGUUCAUCUGGUACCAAAAUAACAUUUCACGUUGGGGUCUGAAAGUCGAGGUCCUCAGUGGAAGGAAAACACUCCUUACUUAUGUUCUAACUUAAAAUGUUUAAUUGUUGUUUCAGUCAAAAUAAAAAAGCAUAUCCAAAUGGUGCUGUGUUUGGACCUGAAGGAUGUUGUGCAGCUGUUAUCCAGGCAGGUACAAGGUCAUGCAAUGGAAUAAAUAUCAAACAUCAAAGAACUCUUAUCUGUUUGCACGAAGUCGCAUGAAUAAAUGCUUUGCUACUUGGUUCACUCGGCUGAGUAGAAUUGUUUCCCUGUGAAACCUAAAAGCACUUUGGAUUUGUCAUCUGACUAAUGACUUCAAUUUUUUGUUAGAAAAUUACAUACACAGAGGAGCUUCACAGAGAUUUUCUGAAUUUUUGCUUUAUUGUGCCAUCUUUUUGGCCAUCUCUUAAUUCUGUCUCAAAAGUUUCAUACUUUAUUCUUAUUGCAUGAAGUAUGUUCUUUGUAUUUAAAAAUUACCUUUCUCUGCUACAGGUGUUACAAUUAAGAUAUUCCAAGGGUUAACAGUGAAUUACAGCAGAGUUGUCCUGUAAACUUAAAAUACAGCCAAAACUCAAGCAGCCUUACAGGGUGGCUACUUGAAAGCAAUGCAGCAAUGCUCUUUUUCAUCCCCAUGGCAUAAAAAAAAAGAUUCUUCUUCCCUGCAAAAGAUAAUUUUAGUUGUGAAAUCGUAAUUCUAAUUAUGCCCUCAAAUCCUGUGAAAUAACUUCUGAUUUCUAGGAGUUAAUUUACCUGUAUCACAUUUGAUGACAAGUGUUCUGCUUUUUUGUUUAGAAGGCAUGCAGGAUGAUAAAUGUAGAAUUGCAAUAGAAAAUCUGUUUGACUUGUGGUCCAAGUGUGACUGAUACAUAAAAAUGCUGUUUGUUGCUCUUGGUAAAAUAUACUAUAGUAAUUUUUCCACGACUCUCCUAGUUUCUUCAGUCUUGGAGAACUUGGUGCUUCAGUUACUCUGGACAACUCGCUUUACUGGUGCUUGUAAGAAGUUUUAGAGUGAUGUGAACUAACACCUGCAAAUACUGAUCCACUGUUUGCAGAGGCUUGGGAAAGGCUACAGCUGGAAACGAACAGGAUUGACAAAUUGGAUAUAAACUACAUUAAAAACUGCUACUGCCAAAGUGCUUCUAACAUUGGAAAAUUAUUUUUUUCCAACAUGGAGUUUAUCAAGCGCCGUGUUCUGACAGUGCUGAUUAUCCCUGAAAGGUACCUGCUUGGGUAAGCUUUUCCCCCCUCUCAAACCUCACAUUCUGAAAGUAUCCACUGUAAGGUGAGAGGAAAUUAACACUAAAUUCAUCACUGUAAACAUCACCUUAAAAGCAAGCUAAGCUUGAUUGUCACCAUUUUCCUUAUAUCUUAAAAUGAUCAUACAGGAUGUGUACACGUGUAAGUGCUUUGAGUGAAACAGUAAUAAUAACACUUGCUGAACUUUAAAUCAAAACUGUAAUUAUCAGAUUUUAUUUUUGUAUAAUUUAGAGAAAGUUAGAAAACCUUCAGCAUUGGCUUUAUACAGAUUUUAAUUGAUUUGUGUCAAGUUUGUUGGGUUUUUAUAUCUAAAGUUAUAUUUCUGUACAUAAUAAAACUAUUCAGAACUAAUCUGUAAAUUGUAAUAAAGAUAUUUGCAAGAUAAUGCCAAAUUGUUUUUCCUUGAAAGAACUUACGGGAGGCGUCAGGUGACUCUGCAAAAGCACGAUUCAUGCAUGUAUGUUUGGCUUUAUGAGAAUAUUAAAUAUUUGUUUGUCA